AGAAGUUUAAAAAAAUUUAUUUUCAUUUCGAUGAUAUAAAAAAUAAAUCUUUUAUACGAAAAGAUGAAACGAAUUGUAAAGAAAAUACGGACCAGUUCUUAACCAGUUGCAAGAAUAACUCGAGCCGCAGAAUUGAAAAAAAUAUGCGUUCGUAAAUCGAGCUUCAAUUGUUCUUCUUUAGAAAUGGCUUCGCAAUCAUGUCCUUGAUUUACAGAAAUGUUUCGAAAAAUUCCAAAUAAUAAUUGUAACCAUGUAUGUUUGCCAACGAUGUUAAAAUCCUUGGAAACACCCUUCGCUAGAUAAAAUCCACGUUCUAUCGGUCUUGGAAGAAUCGUUUACAAUCCCGAAAAUACAAGUGACAGAAAAGUAAGAAGAUGCCGAUCCAAAAGGUUAAGGCUCGUCAGAUUUUCGACUCGAGGGGCGAUCCGACUCUGGAAGUGGAUAUAAUAACCGACGUUGGACUAUUGAGAUCGUCGGUGCCAUCCGUGUUGGUAGCAAGCCCUAACCAAGCACAGGAAUUGAGGGACGGAAACGACGCUAUGUACCAUGGACGUUCCGUCUUCAGAGCUGUCGACGUCAUCAACAACAUAAUAGCACCGCAACUUUUGAAAUCGAGACUCGAGGCCUGCCAGCAAAUGGAAAUAGACAGCUUACUGACCAGACUAGACGGCACAGAGAAUAAAUCGAAAUUUGGCGCGAACGCCAUAUUUGGCGUUUCCGUUGCCUGUUGCAAGGCUGGCGCGGCGAAGAAAGGACUUCCAGUUUACAGGUACAUCGCAGAAUUAGCUGAGAAUGGAGAACUGUACAUACCCGUGCCAAGUUUCAACAUGAUCAGUGGAGGCAGACACGCCGGCAACACGAUACCUUGCCAAGAGUUCAUGAUCUUACCUAUCGGUGCUGAAAGUUUCGCCGAUGCUAUGAAAAUGGGCACAGAAGUGUACAGAGUACUGGAGAGAAAAAUCGCAACCACCGCGGAAAUAAAUCUGCCGCUUUCGGUCAGCGACGAAGGCGCGUUCACGCCCGAAUUGGAGGAAGAUCGAGAGGCAUUGAUGCUAUUGGACGAGUCCAUCAGGGAAGCAGGAUACGAAGGGAAAAUCAUGAUAGCCCUGGACAUGGCAGCCAGUGCGUUUUACAAAGAAGGAGGAUACGACUUGGCGUUCAAGACGGAAGACUCUGACCCUGACGAGUACAUGGAGGCUGAAACACUCCGGGAUCAGUACUUGGAAUACAUAACGGAAUUUCCGUCCGUGGUCUCGAUCGAAGAUCCAUUCGACCAGGAAGACUGGGACGGUUGGCUGACCCUGGCGGACCAAGAGAUUCAAAUAGUCUCCGACGAUCUGACUGCCAUGAACAUCGACAGAAUCGAGGAAGCUAUCGAGAGGCAAAUGGCGAACGCGAUCGUCCUAAGAACCUCGCAAAUCGGAACCGUCACGGAGGCGAUCAACUGCGCGAAACUUGCGAGAAUCAGCGACUGGGGAUACAUCGUGUCGGCCUGCGAGGGCGAAACCGAAGACAAUUUCGCGGCUGAUUUAGCCGUGGGAUUAUCCGCCGGUCAAUUUAAGGCUGGAGCACCCUGCAGAACCGACAGAACCGCCAAAUACAAUCAGAUAUUGAGAAUCGAAGAGGAACUAGGAAAGGACGCGAAAUAUGCUGGUCUUAACUAUAGAAAUCCUUUGUCCAAGUGACUUUAACUCUUCGAGAAUCAUCUGCCAUCCAGCCCCCAUAACCACCUAUGUAUUCAACCUGUGUAUUGAAUUUUUUAGUAACUCGGCAAACAUUGUACGAUACGAACAGAUAUCAAUUAAUGCCUAAUCCGACACACGUUGAUCGAUUAUGAGCAUACAAUUCUUAAAUUCUCUGCUUUCUUCGUUGUUCUAAGAACAGAUAACGAUAUUCAACUAAAUAUUCCAUUAAUAUUAGUUUUAGACAUUUUUCAACUGGAUGAAUUUUACUUAGAUUAG